AUGCCCCGGCUCCCCUCGGCUCUCACCAGCAGCAUGCUUUAUUUCCAGAUGGUGAUCAUGGCAGGGACGGUGAUGCUGGCUUAUUACUUCGAGUACACGGACACGUUCACCGUCAAUGUACAGGGCUUCUUCUGCAACGACAACGCCUACCGAAAGCCCUACCCGGGCCCGGAGGACAGCAGCGCCGUGCCACCCGUGCUCCUCUACUCGCUGGCUGCUGGGGUCCCCGUCCUAGUGAUAAUAGUUGGAGAAACUGCUGUGUUUUGCCUGCAACUAGCCACAAGGGAUUUUGAAAACCAAGAAAAAACUAUUUUAACAGGAGACUGUUGCUAUAUAAAUCCACUGGUACGCAGAACUGUCCGAUUUCUUGGGAUUUAUACCUUCGGGCUGUUUGCUACAGAUAUCUUCGUGAAUGCUGGGCAGGUAGUGACAGGGAAUCUGGCUCCACACUUCCUUGCACUCUGCAAGCCCAACUACACGGCUCUUGGGUGUCAGCAGUUCACGCAGUUUGUCAGCGGUGAAGAGGCCUGUACUGGUAACCCAGAUCUCAUCAUGAGAGCUAGAAAAACCUUUCCUUCCAAAGAAGCAGCACUGAGCGUGUAUGCAGCGAUGUAUUUGGCAAUGUACAUUACCAACACUAUAAAAGCCAAAGGAACACGACUUGCUAAGCCAGUUCUCUGCUUGGGCUUAAUGUGUUUGGCCUUUCUUACUGGACUCAACAGAGUAGCAGAAUAUAGAAAUCAUUGGUCAGAUGUGAUAGCGGGUUUUCUUGUUGGAAUAUCUAUAGCAGUAUUUUUGGUCGUAUGUGUGGUAAACAAUUUCAAAGGAAGACAACCAGAAAAUGAGCACAUACACAUGGACAAUCUGGCACAGAUGCCAAUGAUCAGCAUUCCUCGAGUAGAAAGUCCCUUAGAAAAGAACCACAUCACAGCCUUCGCAGAAGUCACAUGAUGUUGAACUGGAUGCUUUUUCACUGCAUUGGACAUCUUCCCUUUUCACAGUCCACUCAUGAGUCCCAAAGUUUUUUGAUAGCAGGAUCAGUUUAUAAAAAUGUCUGGUCGCUGAUCAUUCAUACAAUAUUGAAGUCUAUGUCAACUUUAUUUUUUAAAAAAAUGCUCCUUAAAUAUUCUAAUUUCAUGUUACAGUCCCACAAAACCAUCUCAAGUAUGAAAAGCAAACUAUGUGCUCACCAGAUUUGUAUGAGAAUACCCACUACACAGGUCUAGUUAAGCUUUUCAAUGAUUCAUCUAUCUAUUCAGCAGUACGCCAUAUUUAGUUCAAAACAGGCUUUCAGAGUCAAAAAGUUUAGGGAGUUUUGUGUCUUUUUUUCUUGCCUUCAGUGCAGUCAUUUUCAUUGAAACAUAUUUCUGUGUGUAAAGCUUCUUUUUUUAAAAUAUGUAUUGAAAUAACAUUUGCACAUUGUACUAUAGUAUACUUCACUUAAAAUACCAUUCCUCCUGAACAUUCUCAGACUGGUGCUCCUGCUUUUGAAGGGAAAAUGCCCAUUUUUACUGUAAUGAGUAAUGUAUCACAAUUAAAAAUAUAUUUAUUUGGAUUUUUCCUGAUAAUUGUGGUUGAAAUGUUGAACUGUAGGGAUUUUUUUUUGAAUGCAGAUUGUAUGUAGGAUAGUUGAAAUAAGAGUAUAGAACAGUGAUGACUUUUAUUGGCCAAUACUGUGCUGGUAGCAGUAUCUCAAUAGGUUAAAGGCUCCAUCCUGGACACUGGACUCUCAAAAUUUCUGUGCAAUUUAAAUGGGAAAGAGGUACACAAUUAUACAUCAUAUAAGUUACAUGAAAACCACAAAAGUGGUUAGCAUAUCAUUGUGGCAUAUACCUUGUUUUUUGAGCAAGAGGGUGGUGAGACUGAAAAAGAAGGUGUUGAUUAUCAGGCUGGGAAAGAUUCCAUUCUGUUCAGCUAAAAGGCAUUUAUUAAGCACUUCCUAUAUUCAGGGCACUAUGUUUAGUGCUGGAGAGGCAAAGAAAAGUAGCACAAUCCCUACCCUAAAAGAACUUACAUGCUACUGUGGGAUGUGUCAUGUAUAUAGAGAAGUAAAAAUAGAAUAAUUUGAGAAGGAAGAAAGCACUGGCAAGUGGGGUAUCAGGAAAGAUUUCAUGGAGUUUGUAGCACCUGAGCUACAUCUGGAAGGUAGCUUUGUUGACUGAAGAUGAACUAGCUUGUAAGAAAAUUCACUUUUCAUUUGUUUCUCUAGCAAAGACUUUGAAAUCUGGCGUUGUAUUCGCUCUUGAGAUUUCUUUGACCUAGAUGACUAGCAAGAAUUUAUUGCAAUCCAGCUCUUUGAUCUUGACAAUGUGAUAAGGAUAGACAUGAUUCCCUCUGAAAUUUCUCCAACUAGAUACAAAGACUUGUCUUCAAUGAGAGACAAAGUCUAUGACUUUUGCUGGAAGUGAAGUUUCGUUAUGUCUGAGCAAUGGAGUAUCUCUAUCUUUGUCUAAGAAUUCAACAACAGUAUUAUAUUUUGAUAACAUAAUUGUGUAUUCUUGUGUUAGAACUUGAAAUAUAUCAUCCAAGAGCAACAGUAACCCAUUUUCCAAAACUACUAUAAUCUCUUCCAGUUGUGAGGUGUUUAAAACUGCAAGGUGCAAAAUAGGUGAACUUGGCUGAAUACCAUCCUCUCUGGACCUCGUUUUCCUCAUCCAUAAAAUGAGGGGGUUGGACUAGAUGAUUUCUAGAGUUCCUUCCAUCUCUAAAUCCAUGAUGGGAUUAACUCAUUUGACCCUCCCAAUAGCCUAUGAAUUAAAUAGGAUAGAUAUUAAUACCUCCAUUUUACAGAUAAGGACACUGAGGCUCAUAAAAUCUUAAAGUGACUUCUAAUAGGGUAUCCAAUGAGUAAAUAGUGCAUUUGGGAUUACAGUCUAAGUCUUUUCCCAGCACUCUUGGGGAAGGAAGGGAAACAAAGGAAAAUCAGAAUAAUUUUUUAGCCACAAUAAAUAUCAGUAAAAUUAACCAAGUCAGGUCAUUUCUAUUAUGGCAAUCACUUUCCAAGGACCAAACCUUUUGUAUAUCUAUUUCCAAUUGACAAUAAUGCUUUAGCAUUGUGUGAGAAGGGUCAACACUAUCCAUUAAAUAAAGACUACAUGCAGUAGUCAGAGUAUUGGGCUUCAAGUCAGGAAAACCUGGAUCUGAAUCCCAUGUCUAAUAUUUAACUAGCAGUAUAACACUAGGCAAGUCAUUUAAUUUCUAUGUGCAAUUUUCUAGGACUCAGGGGGGAAGAGUGUUGCAUCUGAGUCAGAGAACUUGAUUCAAAUUCCAGUUCUGCCAUUUUAUAACCCAUGUGACCAUGGGCAAGUAGCUCUUUCUGAGGCCUCAGUUUUUUCAUCUGUAAAAGGUCAUAGUUGACUUUUAGAUGACCCCCAAGAUUCCUUCUAACUCUGAAUCUACAAUCCUUUGAUCUACUAAGUCAUAGAUUACAUUCUGCAUCUUAUGAAAUCACUGAUCUUUCACAUUAUCAUGCAAAGACACAUUGAAUCUUGUCUUAAUUUUGAAAUUUCAAGCAUGUUCAAAAGCACAAUUCUGUUAAAAAACCUGACCUAGUUAAACCUGAGUAAAGUAAAGUCAGAUACAGUAUUCAAAGAUAAAAAAUCCUUGGGUUAACUUUUUACAAUAUAGGACUCAUUGAUCCCACCACAUACAAAACCAUAUAUAACAUAUAUAUAUGCUCAUAUAUACACAUAUAUACAUGUAUAUAUGCAUAUAUGAAAUAUAUGUUACUAAAUGCCAGGAGAGAGCCCUUAACCUUGAUAUUGUUACUUGGAAUAAUUGGGGGGGAUUAAAAUAUGAAUAUGUAAAAAUGUAUAUAUACUAUAGAGAGAAUAAGCAAAUACACAUCUUUCUGAUGAAGACAUGUCUCCUUUUUAUUCUAGGUACUUAGGGGCCCAGGUCACUAUCAAUUGGUCUACCUAAAAUUUUCAGUGAUAUCUGUUUGCAUGGCAGGAAAGCUACACAUGUUUAUUCUGAUUUCUAAGAUGACUUAAAAGGCUCUUUUAUGUUAAAAGAGAGGUGAACCUUCUUCAACAGACUGUGUCUAUUCAAAUUCUAACUGGGCCUCUCUCUUCUCAGGAUGUACCCCAGCCAAAUAUUUCGGGUUAUUUACCAUACAAUUUUCUUUGUGAACCAGCAGUGG